AUGACACAGAACAUCGACGUCCUCGAGUUCAGAAAGGCCUUCAAUAGAACCUUGAAGCGAACUGUGGACGGAACACACGGAACACACUGGCCGCACAUGUGCUUCCUGCAGAACAGACCUCCGAGGUAUGGGUAUGAAGAUCUGCCUUGCAUAUACCCAGCUUGCACAAAGAAAGAUAAAGACCAUUGGGGCAUUCAAUACUGCGUCAGCAUCCGCCCGCCAAUGUUUGGCAGUGACAUACACAAACCAAAUCUAUUCCACCUUAAAUGUUUCGGCCUGGUCGCCGACCUUUCCUACCUCCCGCAUCUUCAUCGACUUUGGCCACUGAAUCAUUUGACAUGGCAGCGGGCAGAUAUGUCACUCAAGAAAAACAACAUCAGACAGUUCCUUCAACCAGCUGCUCAGCGUCUGUUACAGGAUUUCAAGGGGACGUACUACGAUUGGUGUGCGGAACAGGCGGGAGUGCCACGCAAACCCGAAGGCCCGAGUCAUCCUGAUGAUGUUGCUCUUAAGCGCGAAGAGUCUUUCAGCGAUCGAUUGCCCAAAAAUCCACAAAGACCGCGAGACUUCGAACUGAUGGACGUCAUGCUGGAAUAG